GACAAAACAAGGGGUGCAAUUCAUUAUCGUAAAACGUGGGUAGGACUUUGGACUGGUGAAGCACUUUGAAGAAUAAUACCUUGGAGCAUCUGUACAAUGAAGACAGAUAGGAGAGAUAUUUUCCCUCUGGUAGUCUUAAUUACAGCGCUUCUGCGAUCGUGUCCAGAGACAAAUGCCCUCGAAAUCAGUCCAAGCGACAGAGAGCUCAUCCUGAACGCCAGCUCCUCCGUCUCCGUCACCUGCUCUGGCUGGAGCCUGGUGAAAUGGCGGAGGAGGUCAGAGGUCGAGCUGAGCAGCGUUCGCAUGGACGACGGGCCCACCUCCAGCGUCCUGACCCUGGAAAACGUGACAUGGAGACACACGGGGGUUUAUAUCUGUGAGGAACUGGCCUCAGAGGAGACUGUGGAAAUCUCUGUCUUCGUGCCAGACCCCGAGGUCUGGUUUGUCUCCUAUGAGCCCAGGGUGGUGAUGAAGGUGGGGGCAGAGGGCACCAUCCCCUGCAUCGUCACCGACCCCCGGAUAAACGUGACCCUUUACGAAAGGGGAAGCAGUGCCCCCCUGGUGGGCACUUACAGCCCCAGCAGAGGGUUCACGGCCCCCCUGAAUGACAGCACCUACGUCUGCAGGGGGGUUCUGAAUGGAGAGGAAAAGGAGUCUCAAGCAUUCCAUGUGUACAGCAUCGUGGUUCCUGAUGCAAUUGACGCUUACAUCAAUGCCUCAAAGACCGUGCUGAAGCAAGGAGAGCCACUCACUGUCAACUGCACCGUUAAGGGUGCUGACAUCGUUUUCUUCAACUGGGAGUACCCCCAGAAAGAGAAAGGCAAGCACAUUGAGCCCCUGACAGACUUCCUGCCCGGGCGGGACAUGAGCCUCCGAUCCUGCCUCAACAUAUCCAACGCCACGCUGGACGACUCGGGUCACUACAUGUGCCGGGUGCAGGAGUCUCUGCAGGGCCAGUCCGCUGUGGACAACAUCACCAUCACUGUCCUGGAGCAAGGGUUUGUGGCGUUAAGCUCCACGCCCUUAGGAGGGAACAUAUCUGCGCAUCUUCAUGAGAGCAUGGAGCUCCAGGUGCACAUAGACGCCUAUCCCAAACCGCAGGUGAACUGGACAAAGGACAAUGCUACCCUCGCUGGGGACACUGUGUCUGUGGAAACCAGACAGGUGCAGGAAGCCAGGUACAUCAGCACCUUGACUCUGGUGAGGGUCAGAAGGGAGCAGAGGGGUCUGUACACAGUUCGAGUUUCCAACGAGGAUGAUGUCCAGGAGCUUACAUUUGACCUAGAGGUCAAAGUUCCCCCGGUGAUCAUUGCCCUGUCAGACCAGCACCUGACGGGCAAGAGUUACGCUGUGAAGUGCAUGGCAGAGGGGGUGCCCGCCCCCAGCAUCCUGUGGCACAUCUGUGAUAGCAUGCAAAAAUGCGACAAUAAAACCGCACCGUGGCGGCCUCUGGUGGCGAACCCUGAGAAUGUCAGCAUCCAGACGAGCGCGAGCUACUUAGAGGACCGGAAAAUACACCAGGUGCUGAGUGUGGUCACGUUCCAGAGAAUGCAGGGGACCAUGACGGUCCGCUGUGAGGCCAGAAACGAGGCGGGACGCAAGGCGUGGGACAUCAAACUCGUCUCAAACACUCUCUUCUCCCAGGUGGCCGUCAUGGCCGCCGUGCUGGCCCUGGUGGUCAUCGCCGUCAUCUUCAUCAUCAUCCUGAUAGCGCUGUGGAGGAAGAAGCCGCGUUAUGAAGUGCGUUGGAAGGUCAUCGAGUCCGUGGGCUCGAAUGGCCACGAGUACAUCUACGUGGACCCCAUGCACCUGCCCUACGACUCCGCAUGGGAGGUCCCUCGCGACAGCCUCGUUCUAGGUGGGACUCUGGGCUCGGGGGCCUUUGGGAGGGUCGUGGAGGCGACUGCAUACGGCCUUGGACGCUCUCAGUCUACCACUAAAGUCGCAGUGAAAAUGCUCAAGUCCACGGCCAGCAGAAGUGAAACUCGGGCUCUGAUGUCAGAGCUGAAGAUUAUGAGUCAUCUGGGGCCCCAUCUCAACAUCGUCAACCUGCUGGGAGCCUGCACCAAACCAGGUCCCCUCUAUCUGAUAACUGAGUUCUGCCGCCACGGAGACCUGGUGGACUACCUGCACAGAAACAAGCACACAUACCUGCAGAACUGCGCAGACAAAAGCCACAAAAACACGGACAUGAGUGCCGGCGGCACCAGCACCAGUGCCACGGCUGAUGGCCAGGUGAAAAGUGACGCAUCGUUCGGCAGCGAGAGCGAUGAGGGCUACAUGGACAUGCGUCAGGAGGACAGCGUGGAGUAUGUGGCCAUGCAGGAGCUGAGCGACAACGUCAAGUACGCAGACAUCGAGCCAGCGGUAUAUGAAACACCGUACCAGCAGGACACCUAUCAGGGAGCAGGCCAGGGAAGAGAGGAGGCAGCCCUGGUCAUCAAUGACUCUCCAGUCCUGAGCUACACAGACCUGCUCAGCUUCUGCUACCAGGUGGCCAAGGGGAUGGACUUCCUGGCGUCGAAAAAUUGUGUUCACCGUGACCUGGCGGCCAGGAACGUGCUGAUCUGUGAGGGGAAGUUGGUUAAGAUCUGUGACUUUGGCCUGGCCCGUGACGUCAUGAACGACUCCAACUACAUCUCCAAGGGCAGCACCUUCCUGCCCCUGAAAUGGAUGGCGCCAGAGAGCAUCUUCCACAACCUGUACACCACCCUGAGCGACGUCUGGUCCUACGGCAUCCUCCUGUGGGAGAUCUUCUCAUUGGGAGGAACCCCAUAUCCUGACAUUCCCAUGAAUCAGAUGUUCUACAGCGCUCUGAGGAGGGGCUACAGGAUGGCCAAGCCCCCCCACGCCACUGACGAAAUUUACGAUGUUAUGCGGAAAUGCUGGGAAGAGAAAUAUGAGAAAAGACCAGAGUUCUCCUACCUGGCUCAUACCAUCGGCAGCAUGCUGCCCGAGGCAUACAUUAAGAAAUACAACCAGGUGAAUGAGAGCUUCUUUAAGAGUGACCACCCAGCUGUUGUUCGUGGCAAGCCUAAAGUGUCUGUGGAUGUGACAUCAUCUCCCUGUGACUCAGGCGUGGACAUCAGACAGACAGCAGAAAGAGAGGAAGCAACAGCUAUCUGUAAUGAUUACAUUAUCCCCAUCCCAGGCCUGAGAGCUGAGGAGAGCUGUCAGGUGCUGGACACACCCAUGGAAAGCCCCUCAAGUUCUAAGGACACAGAGGAGGUGAAUGGAUCAGCAUUACAGGAAGGCACAGUAACCACCACAGAUGAAGGAGAUCCCGGCCUCACCCAGGAGGUGAAAACAGCCAAAGGCCGCCUAUGCGCAGAAGAAGAAGAGAGCUUCCUGUAGCCUCAGCAGGGUGUGGCCAGCCAGACCCUCAUUUAAGUUUCUGUGCCAGGUAGACGGCACUGAUUAAUCUGAGGUACAGCCAGGUACUCCCAAUGGUUUCACAGAUGGGAAUAUCCACAUGAACUGUACAGCACUGUUAUGACACUAUAUGUGUGAAGAAAAAGGGUUUCAUCCAGACACAAACACAGCUGCAGUAUGAAAAAGAUUUUAAUGACACAGUAAUAACAGACAAGGGAUUAAUGUGUAUAUUUAUGUAAUAAUGGAUAAUAUAUAUGCUUACCUUUAAUGUCAGUGACAAUAUGGCAACCUACUUUGAAUAAAUAUAGUUGUCAAGAGCUAUUUGUUUUUUUAAAAAGUCCCCAG